ACGUCACUUCCGCCGGCUUCGCGGAAGUGGAGCGGCUUCCGGCAGUGCCCAUUUCCCGGGAAUGGCCCGGGAUUCCCUGGGAACGGCCCGGGAUUCCCUGGGGACGGCCGGGGAUUCCCUGGGAAUGCUCGGCCGUUCCCUGAGGAUGCUCCGCGCGCUGCUCGUGGCCACGCUGGCGGCGGGGCCGUGCGUGGGGAAUUCCGUGGAGAGGAAGAUUUACAUCCCCCUGAACCACACGGCGCCCUGCGUGCGCCUGCUCAACGCCACGCACCAGAUCGGCUGCCAGUCGUCGCUCAGCGGGGACACGGGCGUGAUCCACGUGGUGGAAAAGGAGGAAGAUCUGGAAUGGGCCCUUUCCAAAGGGCCCCACCCGCCCUACAUGAUCCUGCUAAACGGGAAUCUCUUCUCCAGGGAGAUUUUGAUGCGGCUGAAGGGAAAUUCCCGGAUCUCCGGCCUGGCCGUGGCUGCUGCCGCCCCUUCUGGAGGAUUUUCCCCAGGAUUGAAGUGUCCUAACGAUGGAUUUGGGCUGUACUCAGAGGAGCACGGGCCGGAGUUUGCUCACUGCAAUGGCUCUGUCUGGAACCCCCUGGGCUCGGGGGUCUCCUACGAGGAUUUCCCCUUCCCCAUUUUCCUGCUGCAGGACGCCAACGAGACCGAAACCAUCAAAGAGUGUUUCCGUGCCCACAACGUGCCGGCGGUUCCGGGCGCGGCGCCGCAGUUCCCGCUCUGUGCCAUGCAGCUGCAGUCCCACAUGCACGCGGCCGCCAGCACCGUCACCUGCAUGCGGCGCAGCUCGCUGCAGAGCACCUUCAGCAUCAACCCAGAGAUCGUGUGUGACCCCCUGCUGGAUUACAACGUCUGGAGUUCCCUGCAGCCCAUCAACGCCUCGGGGAAGGUGGAGCCCGAGAAGCGCCUGAUCCUGGCGGCCACGCGGGUGGACAGCCACUCGUUUUUCUGGAACGUGGCCCCGGGUGCCGAGGCCGCCGUCGGCUCCUUCGUGUCCCUGCUGGCGGCCGCGCAGGCGCUGCAGGCGGCCCCGGGGGCGCUGGGGCUGCCCCAGAACGUCCUGUUCGUCUUCUUCCAGGGGGAAACCUUCGAUUACAUCGGCAGCUCCCGGCUGGUGUUCGACAUGGAGCAGGAGAAAUUCCCGCUGCGCCUGGAGAACAUCGGAGCCUUCCUGGAGCUGGGCCAGGUUUCUCUCCGGAACGACUCUGUGCUCUGGAUGCACACGGAUCCCAUUUCCCGCCGGAACCAAUCCGUGGACUCCCAGGUCCGGGAUCUCCUGGACGUUUUGAACCGCUCCAGCCCCGGCUCCGGAGUUUCCCUGGCGGAUCCGGGCGUGUCCCAGCCCCUCCCCCCAUCGUCAUUCCAGAGGUUCCUGAGGGCCCGGAGCAUCCCGGGGGUGGUGCUGAGCGACCACCGCGGGCAAUUCCACAACAGGUAUUUCCAGAGCAUCUACGACACGGCCGAGAACAUUGGGAUGCAUUAUCCCGAGGGAUUGACGCCCGAGGAGCAGCUGGAGUUCGUCACCGAGACAGCCGAGGCGCUGGCCCAGGUGGGCACGCUGCUGGCCCGGGCUCUGUUCUCCCUGGCUGGAGGGACCGACCCCACCGAGAGCAUCCGGGCGGAUCCAAAAACGGUCACCCGGCUGCUCUACGGAUUCCUGCUCAACUCCAACAAUUCCUGGUUCCAGUCCCUCAUCAAACCCGACCAGAAGGGAAUCCUGGGCCCGUUUCCCCAGCACUACGUGGCCGUGGCCAGCCCCACCAACACCACGCAACUGCUCCAGGCCGUGCUGGGAAACCUGACCGGGAUCCGGCUGAACCUGAGCCGGGAGGAGUGCCAGGAUCCCGGGAAAAACCCGGCACUGCAGAGCGAGCUGUACGAGUACUGGUGGGUCCAGGGCCCCCUGGACGGGAAUUCCACAUCCCGAAUUCCCGGCUGUGUCCGCUCCGGUGUCCGCCUGUCCCCCGCGCUGUCCCCGGCCUUCGAGCUGCGCCGCUGGGAUUCCCGGGAAUUCUCCACCUGGACCGAGAGCCGCUGGAAGGACAUCAGGGCACGGAUCUUCCUGGUGGCCAGCAGGGAGCUGGAGCUGCUGACGCUGUCCCUGGGUGUCCUGGUGCUGCUCCUCUCCCUGCUCUGCACUUUCCUCAUCAACUCCAAGGCCUCGCUGCUCUUCGGGCUCCCGGCCCAGCCCGGCCCCUCCGGAUACUGAAAAUCGGGAAAACCUCCUGGGAUGGGGCUGGGAAAGCUGGGAAUCCUCCCCAGGAUCCUGGAAAACCUCCUGGGAUGGGG